AUGACAGCUCCUACAUCGGCGACGUCCACGGUUGUGGGAAGCAGAGCGCCUUCUAUAGUCCUCGCCUCGGAAGACAGACCCGUAGCCAAGGAAGAAAGCAGCGCGUUAAGUUCUGCCGACGCAUCGAGAGAACCAACUCCCAACCCGACUAAGAAUAAUAAGAGAAAACUGAAUGGAGAGCAAUACCACAAUAAUAUCGUUGGCUGGGAUGGACCGGACGACCCCGAAUGCCCUCGUAACUGGCCGCCCAGGAAGAAGGUCUUCUUCGUCAUUGUUACUUCUUCGGUCAUUGCUUGCGUCUCUUUCGGGUCCAGCGUCUUUGCCCCCGCUGCCACAAUUACCGCCGCGGAGUUUGAUGUGCCCAUCAUCGUUAUGAAACUCGCCGUCUCCCUUUGGAUCCUCGGUUUCUUUGCUGGGCCAAUCUUUUUCGGGCCCAUGUCUGAGUUGUUUGGGCACGUUCUAGUAUUCGCCAUCGGUGUAAUUGGUUUGGCCGUCUUCCAGCUUCCCAUAGCCUUGGGAGAGAAUGUGCGAACCAUCCUGAUCUGUCGUUUCCUCUCUGGCGUAUUUGGCAGUGGCGCCUUUGCCGUGGUAUCAGGGAUGUAUGUGGAACUCUACGAGCCUAUACAGCGAGGUGUGGCUCUGGGACUUUCGUCCAUCUGCAUCAACGUAGGGGCGACCAUAGCCCCUAUCGCCGGUGCUUAUAUCUCCUCUCAAAGGUCCCAAUGGCGUUGGACUGCAUGGGCAACGCUGAUUAUAACAGCAAUCUUUGGGAUAGCUGCUCUCUUUACGGUGCGCGAAUCGUCAAGUCGGAUGAUCCUAAGGAACAAAGCUAGAAGGCUCCGUUUCGACACAGGCAACUGGGCUUUGCACGCCAAGUCGGAGGAGACUCGCAUUGAGCUUAAGGACAUCAUCUACCGUUACCUGACCAAGCCGAUUCGGAUGUUCGUUACGGAACCGAUCUUGAUGAUCUUCACCGUUUAUCUCACACUUGUAUAUGGCACGCUGUACCUCUCCUUCCAAGCUUUCCCGACAGCCUUUCGACAGCGAGGUUGGUCGGUUCAGACCAGCUCGCUGCCCUUCAUUGCUGUUAUGUGUGGAAUCAUUUCCGCAUGGGGGACACAGUCGGUGUUCACCCUGACGUGGUACAAAGCCUGCGCGCAUAGACAGGGUGCUCCCCCACCACCUGAGUUCCGGCUGCCGCCAAUGAUGGCCGGAGGAGUAAUCCUACCACCAUCCCUGCUUUGGUUUGGGUGGUCUGGAAAUGUCCAUCCAGCAUCGCAGGUCAUCGCGAGUUACUUCAUCGGACUCGGCUUGAUGCUCAUCUUCGUGCCCGGCAUCUCGUACAUCGUGGACGUGUACCAAUUCCACUCCAACAGCGCGAUGUCGAUCCAUGUCAUUGUGCGAAGUCUGAUUGCGUGCUCUUUCCCUCUGUUCGCCAACAUAAUGUAUGACCAGUUGGGAGUUGCCUGGGCAUCGUCGUUACUGGCAUUUCUCUGCAUAGGGCUGGCGCCGGCUCCUUUUCUAUUCUUCGUGUACGGCAAAAAGAUUAGGAGUUGGUCUAGUUUUGCUUUUGAAACCUAG